GUUCUUCGACAGCGGUCGCAUUCGAUUCUGGCUGUAAACAAGGGCUUUCGUUCGUUCGUCGCGUGUUCCGUCACGUUCCUGUUCCCGAAUACAAAGCAUAUAUUGCGUGCAGCAGUUUCAUCACGAGCGCGCGUGUUUUCAACGAUUCUUUGUCAAUAACUCACGACCAACCAACCACCGAUUUAAGAAAUCUCCCGUCUCACGAUGGCCAGUACGGAGCAGGGUGGAACUGACCAAACGGAUCGAGGACUUCGAAAGGAUUACUUCAGCAGCAGUGGCGGAGUGGGAAAAUUUUUGCCACCAGUUUUCAAAUUGCUGGAAAUUGCUGUCGCCGUUAUUUGCAUCGGACUCAUCGACGAUCCAGUCAACAAUUCUCGAUUCCGUGUGUUUGUAUCGGCUCGAACAGCAGCCCUCGCUUAUUCCACUUUUGUACCGUUUCUAAUCUUCCCCGUGGUCUAUCUGCUCGGCAAAGUACUUCAAGAAAACGUCCCAUGGAAGCUGCAAUCCUUGCUGAAUUUGACGGCAUUCAUUAUGUACAUUGCCACAGCUGCCUGCAUCUUGAGUGACUGGUCCGAAGCAAAAACCAGAAGCUAUUGGCCACCUAACACACAGCGUAUGGACUUCCAGUGUGGCGCGGGGGCACUGGCCAUUGUUGGGGCCUUGUUGUUCCUAAUUGAUCUGGUUGUUACCGUCCGGUUGGGCACAAAGGGAGACAUCGAAUAAUGCCGCUGACCAACGUAGACUUUCAGAUUGUAAAUAAUUGCAAGAACAUUGUACACAGUAUUCAACAGUACCGGAAUUCCUGCAAAUCAUGCCGUCCAAAAUUUCCAUACUUUUACAGACAUUCCAAACGGGAGAACUUAUAGAUCUAUGGACCAAAAAGUAGCGUUAAGAAGCAAGAACUAUUAUAUUGUUUUCAAGAGUAUUGUUAAAUUAUUGACGAAGCAUUUGACAUCGAAGUAUGGAAUCACACGAGUAGCGAAUACCUGAAAGUGUAUGCUUUUAAAUUCAAAGCCAUAUCAAUGACCUAGUGUUAGAAUGAAUGUACAAAAGACACAAGUUCAAGUUUGUUUCAUCGUAGAUAAGUAAUCGUAAAUAAAUGCUCUUUCGAGAAAUACUAGGAUA